CGGCAAAACAUCGCUGGACGCCAUGGAGCCGAUCACGCUGGUGCUAACUGCAUUCAUUUUCGUAGUGUCGAUCGUGUAUCUGUUUGUGCGCAGUAAGCACAACUUUUGGAAGGACCAGGGUGUACCGUACGCACCGAAUCCGCACUUCUUCUUUGGGCACGUAAAGGGACAGUCCCGCACACGGCAUGGGGCCGACAUCAACCAGGAGCUGUACCGACAAUUCAAACAGCGCGGUGUACCGUACGGCGGAAUAAGCCUCUUUGUGAUGCCUUCGCUGAUCGUGGUCGACCCGGAGCUGGUGAAAACGAUCCUGGUGAAGGACUUUAACGUGUUUCACGAUCGCGGUGUGUUUUCCAACCCAAAAGACGAUCCCUUCACCGGGAAUUUGUUCGGUUUGGAAGGUAAUCCGUGGCGGUUGUUGCGUCAGAAGCUUACGCCCACGUUCACCUCUGGCCGCAUGAAGCAAAUGUUCGGCACGAUAUGGGAGGUCGCGCUCGAGCUGGAAAAGUACAUGGAAGAGCAUUACCGUCAGCCGGAGAUCGAGAUGAAGGAUGUGUUGGGCCGCUUCACGACGGAUGUGAUCGGGACGUGCGCGUUCGGGAUCGAGUGCAACACGCUCAAGACACCGGACUCGGAGUUUCGCAAAUACGGCAACAAAGCGUUCGAGUUGCAUCCCGUGACGGUGAUGAAGUUUUUCUUCGCCUCCUCCUACCCACAGCUGGCGAGAAAGCUGCACGUUCGUACCACGCAGCAGGAUGUGGAGGACUUUUUCAUGAAAAUUGUGCGCGAAACGGUCGACUAUCGCGAGAUGAACAAUGUGCAGCGGAACGAUUUCAUGAACCUGCUGCUGCAGAUCAAAAACAAGGGCAAACUGGAUGAUCACGGUACGGUCGUGGGCAAAGGUGAGGUUGGGCUAACGCACAACGAGCUGGCCGCACAGGUGCUUAUCUUCUUCCUGGCCGGCUUUGAAACUUCCUCCACAACGUUGAGCUUCUGUCUGUACGAGCUGGCAAAGAACCAGGGAAUACAGGACCGGCUGCGUGACGAGAUCACUCGCGCAAUCGAUGAUAAUGGCGGCGAGGUGACGUACGAUGUCGCCAUGAACAUACAGUACUUGGAUAACGUAAUCAACGAAACCCUCCGGAAGUAUCCACCGGUUGAAACGCUCACCCGCAAACCGGCACAUGAUUAUACCAUUCCCGGCACCAGGCACGUCAUCCCGGAAGGAACAAUCGUGCAGAUACCGAUCUAUGCGAUCCAGCGUGAUCCCGAUCACUUCCCCGACCCGGAACGGUUCGAUCCGGAUCGGUUCACACCGGAGGAGGUGAAGAAGCGACAUCCCUACGUGUUUCUGCCCUUCGGCGAAGGGCCUCGCAUUUGCAUUGGGUUGCGGUUUGGCGUGAUGCAAACCAAGGUGGGUUUGAUAAAUUUGCUGCGCAAAUUCCGCUUCUCACCAUCUGCCCGGACGCCCGAGCGUGUGGUGUUCGAUCCGAAGAUGUUCACGCUGUCCCCAACAGGUGGUAACUAUCUGAAGGUAGAAAAAGUUGCAUACUGGAUUCCACACGCACACUAUCAAGAUGUGCUCGAUUACCUUACGGCAAGCGAGUUUCUCCUGAGCUUGAAAUUCGGCGCACGAAAAAUGGAGCUCAUUAACGCGGUGCUGGCCGCGUUCAUCUUCGCCGUGUCGGCAGUGUAUCUGUUCAUCCGGAAUAAGCAUAAUUACUGGAAGGACCACGGAUUCCCGUACGCACCGAAUCCCCAUUUUCUGUUCGGACACGCGAAAGGACAAGCUCAGACAAAGCAUGCGGCAGACAUCCAUCUGGAGCUGUACAAGAAGUUUAAGUUGCGCGGUGACCGGUACGUCGGCAUGAGCCAGUUCAUCAUACCCUCAGUGUUUGUGAUCGACCCAGAGCUGGUCAAAUCGGUGCUGGUGAAGGAUUUCAAUGUGUUCCACGAUCAUGGUGUGUUCACAAAUGCCAAAGACGAUCCACUAACAGGUCAUCUGUUUGCGCUGGAAGGUAAUCCGUGGCGAUUACUACGCCAGAAGCUUACGCCCACGUUCACCUCCGGCCGAAUGAAGCAAAUGUUCGGUACGUUAUGGGAUGUGGCACUCCAGCUGGACAAGCAUAUGGAAGAGCACUACCGUCAGCCGGAUAUUGAGAUGAAGGAUGUGUUGGGCCGCUUCACGACGGACGUGAUCGGGACGUGCGCGUUCGGGAUCGAGUGUAACUCGCUGAAGAAUCCGGACUCGGAGUUCCGAAAAUAUGGCAACAAGGCGUUUGAGUUUACUCUGAUGAUUAUAAUGAAAACUUUCCUAGCGUCGGCCUAUCCGGGACUUGUGCGAAAAUUAAGAAUGAAGAUCACCUUUGACGAUGUGGAGGACUUUUUCCUGAAAAUUGUAAAGGAAACGGUAGACUAUCGUGAGAGUAACAAUGUGAAACGUAACGACUUUAUGAACUUGCUGCUGCAGAUCAAGAAUAAGGGAAAGUUGGACGAUAGUGAAGAUGCCAGUGUGGGCAAGGGUGAAGUGGGUAUGACACAACAAGAGUUGGCUGCACAGGCAUUCAUUUUCUUCCUGGCCGGUUUUGAGACAUCUUCCACCACGCAAAGCUUCUGCUUGUACGAGUUGGCAAAGAACCCCGAAAUCCAGGAGCGCCUUAGACAAGAGAUUAAUCAAGCAAUCGAGGAGAACGAUGGAGAGGUGACGUACGACGUCGCCAUGAACAUUCAGUAUCUGGACAAUGUGAUAAACGAAACGCUACGGAAGUAUCCUCCGGUAGAAUCGUUGAGCCGUGUGCCGUCGGUAGACUAUCUGAUCCCAGGCACGAAACAUGUCAUUCCGAAGCGAACAUUGGUGCAAAUUCCGAUACAUGCCAUUCAAAAUGAUCCCGAACACUUCCCCGAUCCGGAACGGUUCGAUCCGGAUCGGUUCACACCGGAGGAGGUGAAGAAGCGACAUCCGUUCACAUUCCUCCCGUUCGGCGAAGGGCCACGCGUGUGCAUAGGGCUUCGGUUUGGCGUGAUGCAGACCAAGGUGGGAUUGAUAACGCUGUUGAGAAAGUUCCGCUUCUCACCGUCAGCCCGUACGCCGGACCAUGUAACGUUCGAACCGAAAAUGAUCACCCUGUCACCGAAUGGAGGCAAUUACUUGAAGGUGGAAAAGUUGUAAGAUAACUGCAAUCUUACAUCAAAGCACAUCAAUCUGUCGAAAAGCUGCUGCUAUUUGUCGGAAAAAAUGGACCAUCUUAUGGUGUGUGGUUUUAGAAAUAAAAUCUUCAUUUACAUGAUCAUUUGAUAAGAUAAAACCAUUGUGAAGAAUUGCGCAUUUUGACCGUACAGUGACGAGCAAAUUCUGAUUGGUUUGCAUAACAAAAAUAAAAAGAGCUUGAUAAGAUACCGAGGUUAAGACCCAAGCGAAUUUAAGUCCCAAGAAAAUGAAAUAAUCAACACGAGCGCACGCGCUUCAGGCUUAAUUGAAGUUUCAAGAGCCAAAAGAAAAAAAACAUCACCUACAUCUAACAAAAGAAGCAGUCGUGUUGCGAAUCUGUAAUGACUGCGCAGUUUUGGAGGAACAUAUCACCCCCUAUUCGUGGGUCAGUCCGGGAGCUGGAUGUCAGUAGUGGAACUAUUCGGUGUCGGAGCACUGCCACCACCCGUGUACCAAUAGAGGAAGAGUGUGACCAGAUUGGGAAUCAACAUUUUCUCGAUAUUUGGGUGCUGCUCCAUCAGCACACGCACGGCAGCAUACGAUGGUGGGAUCAUUAACUGGUGUGGCCUUCAUAAUUUUGGACAUUGGUUAGAGCAUCGUCACGGUGUAGAUACUUGAGAGCGCCAUUCAUGUAUGUGAUGGUGGGAUCGGCCAUAUGCCGGGUUGGCUUACAAAUUGCGUCUCGAAGUUCCUGCCAACGUUUCGUUGCUCGUUUCUGUUUACGAACGCAGCCUCUACAUCAAUUCCAUGAACAGCUCCGGAGUGGUGAUCUUACUCCGUUUGAGUUUGUAAUGAAAAGACACAAACACUAUCUUAUAGUAGGUCGUUUUUGUGUUGGCAAUGAAUAUUCAUUCAAAAUGUCGUUAGUAUAGUAACAGGAUUAGAAGUUAUUGCUACACAUAUGACUUUUGCGGUUGGGUUCUAAUUUCGUUUCAUGCUAAGGUUAAUGAAGAGCAAAGGAAUCAGGGGAGGAAAAAAAUAUAUGACGAGCUUUGCAUUAAUAAUCAUCGAUUUCUUGCUAUACUGCAACGAAAGAUUGAUCAUCAACUCUGUGUUUCCAUUAGAGGCUACGAGUUUGCAAACUGCUCCUAAUGGAAUUAUGUUUAUUUUAAAGCGUAGUUAUGAAUAUUUACUAAAUUUUAUCAGUUUAAUAUUUCUCUGAGUUAGACAAAAUUCUACCUCAAAUAUCAAACAAAUUUUUAUUGCUUAAAAGUAAAAUGGAGCUGGAGUUUUGAGCCUCUUAUUAUUUUUAUCGUGGUCUUUGAAGCACUAACGAAGAUCAAUAAAAUUGGAAUGUUGUAGCUCUUCAUUAUUUUGAAGUGACUUUCAACAGGAAAUUAGGGCAUAUAAAGUCAUUA